AUGGCUAACAAAAUAGGUGAAAUAUACGAAAGUAUACGUGAUCAACUACGAAACAUUCGACAAAAAGCAUUCACAUUAAAACAAGUUUUUUUACACCCAAUUUGUUCGCCUGCUGAAAGUGCCAAAAACAUUUUUCAUGUUUUUUGCAAUGUACGUCAAACAGGAAAAGUCGCCUGGGAAUGGGUAAGUGAAAAUCCAGGUAAAGCGGCAAUACUCAUUAUCGGCACUGUGGGUAUAUCGCUUGCAAUUGGAGCUGUUGGUGGUAUCGUCGGUACAGCCUUAUAUACUGGUACAUCAAUAUUUAGUGUGACAGCAGCAGAUUUUGUUGUUGGCAGUAUUGUUGGGAGCUCAGUCUUGGCAGGUAUAACGUUAACUGCUGUUGGUGGAAAAGCGGCUCGAGAAAGUGCUUUAACAGCCUCAAAUGCAGUUGACGCUGAAAUAAUGUCGCGAGAUUAUUCAUUACAGCAAUUGAAUCGCGAAGAAGAAGAAUAUCGUAAAUAUGCUAGAAAAGCAAUGAGAGACCAACAAAAAAGGGAUGAGAUGAAAAGAAGAGAAACAUCAUUUGAAGUUCUUAAUAGCCCUUCUGCUAAAACUUCUAGUCAAUUUGAACAGUCUACUCUGGUUAACGAUUCCGAUCGGUUGGCUGAUGCGGCACAAGAAAUGCAAUUUGCACAUGCAGAUAUCUCAAGAGAAUUGAUCGCAACAUAUCAAGAAGAAAGAGCUAUAAACGAUCAUCUCGAUAAUGUUAUUCAACAUAGUCAGCGAGUAAAACAAGAAAUAGAACAAAAUAAAAAAGACACAAUUAAGGCAAUAGCAAAACGAUUAGUUUCAAUAUUGAAUGAACAAGAUCGAUUCGAUGAUGCAGUAAAAACAUUGGAUGCAUUGAAAAGACAAGAUUACGAUGAACUAGAGCAUUUUGUUAAUCAAUUCAGUGUGCAAAACAACUCGCCCGAGCAUGACGUGGGCGAAUCACCGGCGAACAACACAGCUGAUAAUAUAGAAUGA